CUUUUUUUUUUUUCUUUUUUUUUUUUUACCAUUACUGCCAGAUGUUGGCUUGGUUCAAGUUACAACCACGUUCCUUUUUGUUAGUAUUAUAAUGUUCAGUGGAUCUGAACUUCAUCUCUACCUCUGCAAGUCUCAAAAUUCCAUGGUUUUAAGAUGGGUCCAUUGCUGCAGUGAAGGAAGUUUGAGAUAUUUCGGGGGUUCCUGCUGGUAUUAUUGAUGUUUGUUGGGUAUUACAAUUUUGGCAGCUGUGUUUUAAUUGUUUAUAAAGGAAUUGAUUUGCCUAGGAUUUGUUCUGCUCAGAUUGAAGUAAGCGAAGUGUUAACUUGAAUGGAGGUGAGUGAGACAUAACUGAGUCGAGUGAAAAUGAGAUCUAUAGAGGACAAGGGGUGUUAUAACCAUGGCUCAACGCAGGAGAUUUCAACUAGCAGUACUGCCAUUAGUUUUGAGUUUCACAACGGAAAUGGAGUUACUCGCACUUCCCAUCAUCGGACGGCCUUGGGCAAACCGACACCAUCAAAAUGGGAUGAUGCACAGAAAUGGUUGGUUGGGUUGUCAAGAGUGGGAGAGAAAAAGCAAUCCAAAACCAAGCCACGGAAUUCGAAUGCUGACGAUUUGAGACUAAUCGCUCCUGUUCCACAGAAGGAGCAGGACUAUUCGAGUGGUGAGGGUGAAGGUGAAGAAGAAGAACAAAAUGGAUGUGCUGGUUCUGCAAUGACAAAUCGAUAUGAAAUUGAAACAAAGAAGGUAGACUGUGAUGAGUCCGUCUGGCGUAUCAAUAAGCCGCCGGAGAAUUCGACACCGGCUGUCCGAUCAGUUAGUGUGAGGGACAUGGGAACUGAGAUGACCCCAGCUGCAAGCCUAGAGCCUUCAAGAACUGCAACCCCAAUUAGAGCCACAACUCCUGCAGCAAGGAGCCCUAUAGCUUCUGGAUCCUCAACCCCAGUAAGGUGUCAGCAUGGAAAGCAGGCUUGUGAAGGCUAUCAGACAGGUCUAACAUCCACUGAUGGCAGAGGAGAGGCUAAUCCUAGUGGCAGGGGAAGCGGCGCAACCAGGCAGUGUGGAGGAGACUCAAAUGCUUGCAAGAUGCCUGACAACAGGAAUUCAGAUCAAGCUAUAACUAUGAGUCCUCUAGAAAGCCGAGCAGUGGCUUGGGAUGAAGCAGAACGUGCCAAAUACACCGCAAGGUAUAAGCGUGAAGAGGUGAAGAUUCAAGCCUGGGAAAAUCAUGAGAUAAGGAAAGCUGAGAUGGAAAUGAAGAGAAUGGAGGUGAGAGCUGAGAGAUUAAAAGCUAGGGCACAAGAGAGGAUGACAAACAAACUUGCUGCAACUAGAAGAAUAGCUGAAGAAAAGCGUGCAAAUGCUGAGGCCACACUGAAUGAGAAAGCUGUUAAGACUUCUGAGAGAGCAGAUUAUAUAAGAAGGACCGGUCACUUGCCCUCCACAUUCUCCUUCAAGCUGCCUUCUCUUUGCUGGUAGCAACUCUGCAGUACAUUUUAAUUGUAACAUUUGCCAGUAAUUUUUUUAAAUUAUAUUUAAACAUGUGGAUUCAUAGUGGAGCUUUUGAGCAUGCUGCUGUUGCCAAAUGCAUUCAUAUGAUUCCUUCAAUAAAAUUUGGACGCCCAUUUUUGGG